UCAGCAUUACUACGAUCUACCACAAACAUCCUCCACAACCACUCCAUCUGUGUAUACUUUCACCGGGAAACAUCGUAUUCAUUGAUUUCGGCUUGCAGCCUUUACUCAGCAAGAAUGGCAGAAGAUGAUGAGAACAUGAGCGAAGAGCUCAACAACGAAGAUGUCGAAACAGAACAGAAACUCAUCAACGAAGAAUACAAGACGUGGAAAAAGAAUGCACCCUUCCUCUACGAUAUGAUACUCAGUACAGCCCUGGAUUGGCCUACACUGACUACACAAUGGUUUCCGGACGUCACCCAAGUACCAGGCACCAACUAUUCACGACAUCGUCUUCUGAUCGGCACCCAUACUGCUGAAGGCCAACCCAACUAUUUAGAAAUUGCCCAAGUCCAACUACCGAAUCCCAGAAAGCCCGAUGUUAAGGAUUACAAUGACGAGACGGGCGAAAUUGGCGGUUACGGUGGUGGUCCCUCAGGGAAGAACCAAUUCGAAGUCAAAUUCAACAUCAUCAUGAAGAUUGACCAUCCAGGUGAAGUCAACAAGGCUCGAUAUCAGCCCCAGAAUCCGAACAUGAUCGCAACCAUGUGCACAGACGGAAGGGUCAUGAUCUGGGAUAAAACCAAGUUUUCGAGCAUAACCCCUGCAGGCAGCCCAAAUCCGACCAUCGAGCUUCAUGGGCAUGAGAAAGAGGGUUACGGUUUGAGCUGGAGUCCACAUCAAGAGGGUCAAUUAGCUACCGCUAGUGAAGACCAUACAGUCAGAUUAUGGGAUAUCACACAAGCGUCGAAAUCAAACAAGCUGCUCAAAGAGUCGCGCAAAUACACGCAUCACAACAGCAUCGUCAAUGAUGUGCAAUAUCAUCCCACCCUACCCAACCUCCUUGGGACCGUGUCCGACGACUUGACCAUGCAACUAUUGGACCUGAGAUCACCAGAUUUGACACGAUCAGCGGCCAAAGGCGAAAACCAACACCGAGAUGCUAUCAACGCGAUCGCCUUCAAUUUGGCUGUAGAGACACUGGUGGCCACAGGCAGUGCCGACAAAACCAUUGCAAUCUGGGAUUUGCGGAACCUCAAAGACAAGCUCCAUGUGCUGGAAGGCCACAGUGACAGCGUGACGACGUUAGAGUGGCAUCCUUUUGAAGAGUCGGUGCUCGCAUCUAGCAGCUACGACCGACGAAUAAUGUUUUGGGAUCUCGCCAGAGUGGGAGAAGAACAAACACCUGAAGACGUCGAAGAUGGACCGCCAGAAUUGCUGUUUAUGCACGGAGGACAUACUAACCGUAUCAGCGACUUUUCUUGGAACAAGAACAAUCCGUGGGUUAUGUGCAGUGCAGCGGACGACAAUUUGAUUCAAGUAUGGAAAGCUGCCGAGGCCAUUGUUGGUCCUAAUGAUGACGAUGUUCCUAUGAAUGAGCUGGAAGGAUAGAAAGCUGCCCAGAAACUCUAUCCAGGGAUCAAUCGAUCAUUACAAGACCCGAAUUUUCAACAAGGAGCGACAGAACUCUUUCACGAAUUUUUACGGUCAGGAGGAAGAAUGAAUCCAAUUAC